CUUCAUAAAUCGCUUCUUCACACCCCAAAUCCGUUUCUUGGUUCGGAUUAAUGCAGUUUAAAGGCACAAUUGGUGAUUAACUGCGGCUGAAAUCACAUGGAGGUGCUCUCGUGCUCACAUGACAGGCUGAACCAUGGCAGGAGAGAUCAGUGAAGGUUCAGUUCCUGCCUAUUACAGGGAAGUGCAUGAGGCCAUCCGCUGUAGGACAGAUGAGAGAGUGCAGGUUGAGGUUUUUCAGCGGCUGCUCCAAAGGACCGAUCUCUCCAAGGUGGUCUUAAACCAGAUUGCUGAGCACGUUGACUCCACCGAUGGAUUCCUGAGCAAAUUAUCACUCUAUAAAGCACUCGCUUUGAUUGCUCUCGCUCAGCAGGGCAAGCAACCGAGUCCCAAACUCUUGGAGAACUGCAUACUAGAGUUACCGAAACCUCAGCUCGGGGAGCCGAGGGACCUGAGCACGCUGAGGAUGCAGCCGGCUCAGGACGACGUGCUGACAUUGUCGCAGACGCUGGACGGGCUUCUGGCGAAAGACACGGUCCAGGUGGAGCUCAUUCCUGAGAAGAAAGGCCUGUUCCUCAAACAUGUGGAGUACCAGGUCACCAGCCAGCGUUAUAAGAUAUCAGUUUACCGGCGUUAUAGCGACUUUGAUGUCUUCCACGAGGUUUUGCUUCAGAGAUUUGCCUACAGGGUGGUGCCAGCUUUGCCACCUAAAAGGAUGUUAAAGGGAGUCCUGACCUCUCUCUCUGAGCGGGAGUUCAUUGAGGGGAGGAGACGUGGUCUCGGCAGAUUUAUUAACUUGGUGGCUCGACAUCCCUUCUUCUCUGAGGAUGAGCUGGUCAAGACCUUCCUCACUUUCAGUGGCUCUGAUGUUCAGUCUAAGCUGCGUGAAACUUGUAAGAAAACGGGUGACGAGUUCAUGAUUAACAGAAUCGCAACUCAGGCAAAGGAAUAUCUCCCAGCUGACAUUCAGGCUCAGUUUUCAACAAGCAGAGAGAUGAUUAGAAAUAUCCACAACAGCUUCCAGAGGCUGCGGGACAGAGCUGAGAAAAUGGUGGAGCGCUCUAAGGACAAUGCAUCUGAUCUCCUCAUGUUUGGCAAAGAGCUCAGUACACUAGGCUCAGAUGCCUCGCCUGUUCCCUCCUUGGCCUCUUCACAAAGCACCUGGGGGACCCUGCGCCAGUCGCUGAAGAGCCUUUCUGUGGAGUUCGCUGUGCUGUCUGACAAAGCUGCUCAGCAGGGCCGGCGAGAAGAAGAUGAUGUUGUGGAAAAAUUGAAUCUUUUCCUGGAUUUGCUGCAGUCGUACAGGGAUCUCUGUGAGCGGCAUGAGAAGGGCGUCCUCCACGAGCACCAGAAAGCAUUGCACAAGUACAGUGUGAUGAAGAGGCAGAUGAUGAGUGUCACUGUGCAGCACAAAGAGCAGGCAUCUGUGGAGCAGCUGGAAUCGCGAAUUGUUCAGCAAGAAAAUGCCAUCCAGACCAUGGAGCUGCGUAACUACUUCUCCCUAUUCUGCCUUCAUCAAGAAACACAGCUUAUCUUCACUUACCUUCCGAUUACCUCGCACAUUCUCGGAUCUUUUGUUAACUCCCAGGUCCAAGGACACCGAGAGGUGAGACAGCUUUUUGAAAAUAAUUUUUCUACAGAUCCGCCUUUAUGGCGACACCACUCCAGGGAAGGUCAAAUAAGUUUUAAAUUGGCUACUGAAACUGAUGGAUGGUAUAGCUGAACAGACCGGCCUUUUUCAUCUGGGAUUUGAAACCAAGCAAAGCAGUAAUGGUUAUGUACUUCCUUCUGAUCGCUGGUUUUCAGUUUCUGUGGUUCAAGUACUUGAAUGCUUCUUUUUUUUCAGUGGGUCUUAAAGCUGGAAACUAUUGAGCAAUAUAUUCUGUGCAGUAAAAUACACUAUUGUUUUCCCUUUCUUUUUAGAUGGGGGAGGUGUGGAGUGAAUUGCAGCCAAAGCUUGGGUGUCUCUUCAGCGGUAACAAUGGAUUGAAACACUCCAUCUGAAACCUAAAUGUACAUGAGAUGAAAAAGGAAAAACACAGCCACUGAGGAUUGCAAACUACAAAA